GAGACUUUUGUAAGUGGUGCUCAUAUUAGUGCAAACGUUUCAAUAAUGAAACUUCUUCUAGUGAUCGUGUCCCUAGUUGCGGCCACUGUCGCCCUCUCCAUCUCUGAUGAUGUAGUGCACCGAGAAUGGGAGUCAUAUAAACGAACACAUCGAAAGAUCUACAAAAGUGCAUCGGAGGAUCGGCUACGUAAGAAAAUCUAUAUGGAGAAAAGACUUGAGAUCGCCGAACACAACGUGCGAUAUGAACGUGGUUUGGAAUCGUUUCGUCUACGUUUGAACCAGUUUUCUGAUUUGCAUCACUCCGAAUACUUAAACAUAUACUGCAGAUACAACCAAACGUUGUCUAAUAGCAGGAUGGCUGGUAGAAGACGGACGCUAGGCAGAAUGCCUGUGUCCUGGAUAGAGCCUGCCAAUGUAAAGGUUCUGCAAACGAUUGAUUGGCGCACACAGGGAGCAGUUACUCCCGUUAAGAGUCAAGGACAAUGCGGUUCGUGUUGGGCCUUUUCAACUACCGGUGCCUUGGAGGGACAGUAUUUCCGCAAAACGAACAAUCUGGUGUCUCUUUCGGAACAGAAUCUGGUCGAUUGCACAAUUCCUUACGGUAACCAUGGUUGCGAUGGAGGAAAUAACCCUAACUCCUUCCGAUAUAUCUACGAUAACAACGGUAUCGACACGGAAAAGAGCUACCCGUACCGAGCGGCGCAAGGGCCAUGUGCUUACAAUUGGAACACGGUGGGAGCCAGGAUCACAGGAUACGUCGCCAUUCCAAGUGGAGAUGAGAAUGCGCUAAUGAAAGCCGUUGCCACCGUCGGACCGAUUGCCAUUUCUAUGGACGCCGGUCACACAUCGUUCCAGAGUUACGGCGAUGGUGUGUACUAUGAACCGCAGUGUAACGCUUCGUCACUAACCCAUUCCAUGCUGGUGGUUGGUUAUGGUACAACUGAGCAGGGUGUGGACUAUUGGUUGGUUAAAAAUUCCUGGGACACAUGGUGGGGUAUCCAGGGAUACAUUAAAAUGGCUCGCAAUCGCAACAACAAUUGCGGUAUAGCUACCGCGGCCUACUAUCCGUUGGUGUGAUUGGACAAUCAUAAAAUAAAUCUGCCAUUCCAUGUCACAUACGUGGACGUGGAAUUAGUGAGUCAA